CCUCGGUCCAAUAUUUCACUAUAUUGCCCUUUGAAAUUACGUUAUUGUCCUAAUAUCACUCGGUCAAUAAUUAAACUGUUGUAUAGACCGCUGUUUGACCAAUUCUCCUUUUUCGCAGUUCGCUCUUUAAUCGAGAAGGUACGAAAAUAUGUUCCCCAAAUGGACAAAAUUUGAGGAUUUAAACUGCGUUGCUUGAGUCUACAAUAACUGCAUUUAAGUGCAAUUGAUAGAUGAACAAAAGCUUUAUCAUUGAAUUAAUGAUUUGACAAGAUAGAAGCACGAAUUGUUCUACACAUCAUCGUUUAAUAGCAAAUUAAAUGUCAAACGUGGCAUCCAAAAGUGUUUCAAUAAGUACUUCCUCAUCUACACUUAAUGAAGUUGAUGAUGAUGAAUCAAAAAACACUUUUAAUUUACGACAUCCAAAUAUCUAUUUCCAUGUUUCUGUUUCAUUUUCGAAUAAUAAUAUUUUUCCGUUUUGUUUCAUAGAGCUGUUUCGAUUAGGUCGAUCUGUUAAGAAAAUGUUGCGGAUCAUAUGUUGCAACGAUAUUUGCGUAUCAAAAUGGAAAAUUAAACACAUCAUAUUGUACAUUGAUGAGCUAGGUAUUAAUGUGCCAUUUGGACCGAAUGUUUAUCCAUAUAUUAGACCAGCCCCUGGAGAAUAACUCCCUUGUUGAGUAUUAACCAAUAACAAUGGUGGAUAUGGGGGGCUUACUAUAGGAGAAAAAAUGAGGCUUGACCAAAUUUGCUUCUCCAGGGAUAAACUGGACGAUUCCGGAAAAACACCGACCUUUAAUUGGGCAUUAUUUUUCAAUUUUGGGGCCUAUUUUUACAAAAAAUUGAAUUUUUUUGGCCUCCAUCCUCUUGAUUUUCCGAUCUGCCCCUAAAUA